UCCUCCCUGUCUCUCUCUCUCUCCCCACAAGCUUCUUUAAGCUACACACUUAAAAAAGCAGUACAGUAAAUCUAUUUCAAACAUAUGCUUCAGAUCUUCAAAUCCUAAUCAUAAAACUGUGUAGCAAAUCGCAACACCCGUACAUAUGAUUAGAUCUUGAAGUUGUAUCUAUUAACUACCAAAAAUGGGUCACUUAAAUCUACCAUCAUCAAAGAGAAAUGCUAGACAAUGGCGUCUGCUUGAUUUGGUAUCAGCAGCUUUCUUCGCAGCAGUAUUAAUAUUCUUCCUUCUUCUCUGUACUCCCUUGGGUGAUUCUUUAGCUGCUUCAGGUCGCCAAACUCUACUCCGUUCUGCAUCUGGGGAUCCCCGCCAACGUACUCGCCUCAUUGCCCAGGUGGAGUCAGGGAGACAUAACACAGCGAUUGAUGCAUGUACAGCUGAUUAUGUGGAUCAUAUGCCUUGUGAGGAUCCGAAAAUUAAUAGUCAGUUGAGUAGAGAGAUGAAUUUUUAUAGGGAAAGACAUUGUCCUUUGCCUAAGGAUACACCUCUUUGUUUGAUUCCACCUACACAAGGUUAUCGUGUUCCUGUUCAGUGGCCUGACAGUUUGCACAAGAUAUGGCAUGACAAUAUGCCAUACAACAAAAUAGCUGACAGGAAAGGGCACCAAGGAUGGAUGAAAAGGGAAGGGCCGUAUUUUAUCUUUCCUGGUGGUGGAACUAUGUUCCCUGACGGAGCAGAGCAGUAUAUCGAGAAACUUAAACAGUACAUUCCGAUAGCUGGUGGAGUUUUGAGGACUUCCCUUGAUAUGGGAUGCGGGGUUGCCAGUUUUGGUGGUUAUCUACUUUCUGAAGACAUGUUGACGCUCUCUUUUGCUCCAAGAGAUUCACAUAAAUCACAAAUACAGUUCGCCUUGGAACGAGGAAUACCUGCAUUUGUUGCCAUGCUUGGGACACGCAGGCUUCCUUUUCCUGCCUUCUCGUUUGAUUUGGUUCAUUGUUCGCGGUGUUUGAUUCCUUUUACUGCAUAUAAUGCAACAUACUUCAUCGAAGUUGACCGGUUACUCCGCCCCGGAGGCUACCUUGUCAUUUCUGGUCCUCCUGUUCAGUGGCCCAAGCAAGAUAAGGAGUGGGCGGAUCUCCAAACAGUGGCCAGAUCAUUGUGCUAUGAGCUGAUUGUUGUAGAUGGAAACACCGUCAUCUGGAAAAAGCCUCAUGGGGAUUCAUGUCUUCCUAAUCAAAAUGAAUUUGGGCUUGAGCUGUGCGAUGAAUCAAAUGAUCCAAGUGCUGCAUGGUACUUCAAGUUGAAAAAAUGUGUGACUAGGACUUUAUCUUCCAAAGGGGAAUAUGCUGUUGGGAAAAUUCCAAAAUGGCCAGCGAGGCUGACAAAAGCUCCUUCUAGGGCAAUCGUAUCUAAAAAUGGAGUGGAUGUGUUUGAAGCUGACUCAAGAAGAUGGACGCGAAGAGUUGCAUAUUAUAAGAAUUCAUUGAACUUGAAACUAGGAACUUCAUCAGUUCGUAAUGUCAUGGACAUGAAUGCAUUUUUCGGAGGAUUUGCUGCAGCAUUAUCAUCAGAUCCGGUCUGGGUGAUGAAUGUUGCUCCAGCGCAUAAGCCUUUAACCCUUGAUGUCAUUUAUGACAGAGGCCUUAUUGGCGUUUACCAUGAUUGGUGUGAGCCUUUUUCAACAUAUCCUCGGACUUAUGAUCUGAUUCAUGUGGGAUCCAUAGAAUCUCUCGUAAAGGAUCCUGUCUCUGGCAAGAUCAGGUGCAGCCUUGUGGAUUUGAUGGUGGAAAUUGAUAGAAUUCUCCGGCCUGAAGGAACUGUUAUAAUUCGGGACUCUCCUGAAGUGAUAGACAAAGUAGACCAAAUUGCUCCUGCUGUAAGAUGGACGGCAACUAUUCAUGAGAAAGAACCUGAAUCACAUGGAAGGGAGAAAAUCUUGGUAGCCACAAAGAAUUUUUGGAAGCUACCUUCUGCAUCCCACUGAUUGAUCCUUUUGUUGUACUGUAGGUAUAUCCCUUUUUGUCCUUAUAAUCUCCUUAUUAAGGCCCAAUAACUUGUUUCAAAUGAUGCAACUAUUCUAGUUCUUUCUUGUCUCUUCAUUUAGCUUAUGUAGAAUUAAAUGGAAGCGCACAAAGAUGGGAAAAAACUGUAAAUUUUUUAUAGUACACUGUUAGAAGCACUCAUAAA